AUGUUCCUCUCUCCGCCUACGCCAUCCUACUCCGCCGUCGCGGACUCCCCCCGCUGUUUCCUCUGCUCCAGGGGUCCCUCUCUCCCUUCCCUUCCGGUGAUCCGGCGGCGCGCACCGCGGGGCGUGGUUGAGGGACCUCAAUUUUCCAGACGAACUUCGAGGCCGGGAGGGAGGGGCAGAAAGUGGGCCGUGACUCUGGACGACGAUAAGGACAUCAUCCCGGUGAGCAGCGGUGACGCCACCGACCAGCAGGAAGGGAUUGCCUCGCCCGCGGCCGAGGAGCGGGACGUCGUCGUCCAAGGGGACGGCCAGAUGGGGAGGUUGGUGUUCGAGAGCGGUGCUUUUGGGGAUGUGGGUGUUGGCUUCUCCUCUUCCGCUUCCCCUUUAUCAUCCUCCUCGUCCUCGUCCUCCACCUCAUCCUCUCCGCCCCAGACGGGAGAUGAUAAACCCGAGGUUGAGGACUUCAACCGGGCGGUGGACCGGGCCAUCAACGCAUCCAUUGUGCUCGCCGCUGGCACCGCCGCCAUCACAAAGUUACUCACCAUCGACCACGACUACUGGCAGGUGAGUGAUUUCAUCCAACCGCCCACCGCCCCCAUCACAAGGUUGCUUGGAUUUCUUCCUGAAUCUCGUUGUAGUCGAAACCAAUGGAGGAAUCAGGGCAGGAGAGCGGACAGCUCUCCACCGUGGCCUAGGGGUUUUUCCUUGCCAGUCUUCUUGAUAGCCGGGAAGCUUCAUUUUUGUGACCUUCGAGCUCUGGUUUUGCUUUGAUGACUGGUAACUGAACUGUUGUUUCCUCUGCUUCUUGCCUCAUAAUCAUGCAGUGAAGCCCUUUCCAUCGCCCGCUGGAAAUUAUUUGUUCUUAUCCAGCACUGCUUCUGGCAACAUCUUCAUUUCUGACAGGGUUCUAUUCCGUAGAGCUGCUGUCACUUCCACAUGUGAUCGCAUUCAUUCAUGAUUUCCCUGAUUUCUGCCCCGCCCAUCUUCGUUGGUCCUGUUCGAUGUUCCCGUGUGCUUCACGUGCUUGGUCCUUGGUUUCGGUCCUGCCCUUCUUUAAUCGCUACCGAUCCUUGAAUGGCGAUAGAAGCAGGCUCCUCUUCGUUUCGUUGGUGAUUGGCGAUCCAGUCGCCAGUUUCUAUCUCAGAAUGGUUCCUAAACUAUAUUCUGAAGUACUUGAGAGUAUGGGUCAUCGAUUUAUAGCGAUAAACUCAUUUUUUAAUAGCAAUCUGAUAAAGCCAUGCUACCCCUAUUACAUGCUAAUUGAUCAGAUUAUCGCCAGACGAUGCUUGAACACCACAUUCCCUUUCAUGUAGAGAGAUCGAAAUGAUAUUCGAGUGCUUGGUCUUUUAUGCUGUGACUGUGACGGUUUGGGUUGUCCUCACCAGCUAAGAGGAAACAGAUGACAGUCGCCAACAUCUCUCCAUUUCAAGGCCUGCUUAAUUUCUCAAUGAUAUUUUGCCGCACAUAUGUCAUUUCACCCGUCGGUCAGGGACAAGGAGGUUCCUGGUUUUCCUCAUCCUCGCCACCAGGUGUAGAGUUAACAUUUGGGGAUUCUCCUUUAAUGCCUCACAUUAUCGGUGCAAGGAUGAAUUUGAACUAGGCCAACAAUGAUCAUGGGCAUUGCUGCAUGUAGUGGCUGGGCACAGCUGUUCAUGGCGGGAUGUCGGGAGAUGGGGUGCAUUCGGUGUGAUUCGCAGCUCUCAUCUAGAUCCUCACCCUUGUUUCUGCGCUGUUCUAGGGAUGGACCCUGUUCGAGAUCCUGAGAUACGCACCCGAGCACAACUGGAUUGCCUACGAGGAGGCCCUGAAAACGAACCCCGUUCUCGCCAAGAUGAUGAUCAGCGGCAUAGUUUACUCCUUGGGAGAUUGGAUCGCCCAGGUGAAGAAGCCCCCUGCCAUUCUCUGCGUCGUUAAAUUAUUUUAUUGAAGACAGAAUAUCUGCCUGCUGGAAAAAACCGGAAUCCCCACCCUCUCUCUGGCUGCAUGUUUCCAGUGCUACGAAGGGAAGCCGCUCUUCGAGUUCGACCGGGCCCGCAUGCUCCGAUCUGGCCUCGUUGGGUUCACCCUCCACGGGUCCCUCUCUCAUUAUUAUUACUACUUCUGCGAGGUACUCACAGACAGCAAGUGUCUCCCUUUAUUUAUUUUUUCAUCACGGAUCGAAUCACGCAUGAUUAUUGCAUUUGCCGAGAAUAUUUUCCUCUCCCUCCCUGUCUUCAUUUGUUGUCCCUUCUACCCCACCAAAAAAAAACCCAAGGAAAAGAAGAAAAAGAAAGAAAAGUCCCCUAUCCCCAGGGGAUGCACAGUAAAUCCAACGAGGUUGCGCAUGACUUUCAAUCAUAUUCCACAGAGACAUAAUAGCGGCGUCUGAUUUCCUUUCUAAAUAUUUUCAACAGCAUCCUAAAUUACUAUUACUGCUACUGCUAUUAUUAUUAUUAUUAUUAUUAUUAUUAUUAUUACUACAUAGAUUGUUGAGUUUAGAGAAGAUACUCCUCAGGUAAUAAUUACCCUGUUUGGCAUAUACGAGGCUCUAAUCCGCACACUUUCCUUCCAGGCGCUUUUUCCUUUCCAAGAUUGGUGGGUGGUGCCAGCCAAGGUGGCCUUCGACCAGACAGCUUGGUCGGCGGUGUGGAACAGCAUUUACUUCGUGGUUUUGGGCUUCCUUCGCUUUGAGUCACCUGCGAGUAUUCUUAGUGAGCUGAAGGCAACCUUCUGGCCGAUGCUGAAAGUAAGAAAUCUCCUCCCCCCCCCCCUUGCCCUGGUAUUGGUGUUAUCUCGGAUCUCCUUUCCUUUUUUUGUUUAUAAUCCACGAAAAAAGAAAAAGAAAAAAAUCUCUCGCUUGUCUUGGUUAUAAUUUCUGGUUAUGUUGCAUAUAUAUAUAUAUGGGAAUAGCUGAUGCUCUAGAACAUGCAUCAUACUGAUAGUAGCUGUCUUGACUGCACUUUGCGUCCCAUCUCAUUUGUCUACAAGGUCAAACUGUCGAGUCCCUGCAUUCUAUUUGAAAUCCCGGGUUCUCCCAUUCCACACCGAUGGUGUAUCAUGCCACAUGCGUCGUGUUUGCUUGAGAAAUCCACUCUUUCCUUUUACUAAUUCUGGAUCAUGGGCAUGGCGGUGAGAAGUCAACCACCCGAGGUUGACUUCUUUACCUUUCGUUAAUGCAUAACGGCGGCCUUGUGGGCUUCUUUUAAGAAUAUUGAAUUUCGCAGAAUUUUUUUCCUCUCAAAGACAUUUAGUGGGUCCCCUGAUCUGACGGGAGUCCCCUUCCGGACUCAUGCAUGCAGGAGAGUCGCAAGUCAACACGAACGGGUGAACUCAGUGGUCCACGUCCGAGUUUCCUCUGUUAAAAAAAUAGAACACAUUUAUAGUAAAGAUGUUUGACUGCUAUCCAGGCUCAUUAGGACACAGUAGGAUGCCAACUUAAUGAAUCCGUGCUGAUGAUUCUUGUCUUCACCAAGUCUUCGGUCGCCGGGGGCUUUGGUCAAAAGAAAUAAUUUCAAUUAAAUACGUAAGUUUAGCAUGAAAUGUAUGUUCCUGAAUAUUUUUGUAUUUUAAAUUAAAAAUCGUUCGUGUUCUUGCAGGCGGGGUGGAAGCUCUGGCCCUUCGCUCAUCUCAUCACCUACGGAGUCAUACCGGUGGAGCAGCGGCUCCUCUGGGUUGACUGCGUGGAGCUCAUCUGGGUCACCAUCCUGUCGACGUGAGGGCCGCCCCUCUCUCAUGGCCUCCCUCUUCAGCCGAUAGCUGCAAACUUUGCUAUUAAUAAUUUACGGAGAAUUUCUGCCGGAACUUUGCCCGAUCAAACUCUUUCAUCUUUUUCAGGUACUCCAAUGAGAUGUCGGAGGCGAGGAACUCAGAGGCCGCAUCGGAGGAGGCCGACAGAAGGUCCCUAUGAGCCCUGCUGGUCAACCCACCCAUGAAGAUCGGCUGAGAGGGUCCACUCCACGUCCUGUGCUCUCGGAUCAAUCGUGACGACGCCCGUUGACUGUGGUGCGGAGCGAUCUGUGAAUAAUUAGAAAAAAUAAAAAUCUGUGCUGGGAUGCGAUAUACUGCUAUAAAAUCAGGGUGUAAAUAUUUGAUUCUUUCACCUUUUCUCUUAUUUUUCCUCCUCUGACUUUUGGCCUUCGGCCAUAACUAGGCCUGCCCGUAGCCUUCUUCUGGGUGUUUGUCCGAGAGGACAUGGUUGACCAUAACGGAAGAUUUGGGGGAUUCUUCAACCUCUGACGUUGAGUUUUGUGCGUUCGGACGCGCGAAUAUAUUAGCGAAAAAUAGGGCAGGAGAUAAAUAAAUGA